UGCGGUUUGUGUUUGGCGGGUUGAUGUGGUGUUGUUGCUCAUUGUAGAAUGUGAUUUAAAUGUGCUUUUUCGGAAAUAAUAAACAACUUUAAGUUAAGAAAGUGGUUUGAAAUUUGCAACAGACUGCCAUGGGAGUUACUGGAUUAUGGAAACUUGUGGAACAAUCCGGUAAACCGGUUCCGCUGGAAACACUCGAAAACAAGGUGCUUGCUGUCGAUAUCUCAAUAUGGUUGCAUCAGGUUACCAAAGGCUUCCAGGACUCCAAGGGCAGUUCCCUGCCCAAUGCCCAUAUCCUAGGUUUGUUCCACCGGUUGUGCAAGUUGAUGUACUACCGGAUAAAACCUGUUUUUGUUUUUGAUGGCGGCGUGCCGGCCUUGAAAAAACAAACCAUCGCAAAACGUAAUCAAAGCAAAAGCAAGUACCACAAUGAGGCAGAUCGGUUGCAGCAACUGCUACUAGAAACUCUGGCCAAGGAAAAGGUGGUCCAGCAAGCGCUGGGCUCGGCCACCAAUCUGCUUAUCUCUCCCACCAAAAAAGUGGGCAACAGCAGUAAAGAUCAGGGAGAACCGGAUGAAAUUUUUAAGCUUCCACCCCUGAAGGAGGAUUCUCCGUUCAAAAAUGCCGAUUCGAGCUUCACCGAUGCCGAGGAAAGCGACACCUCGUGGGACGAGAAAACCUCUAAAAACUUUUAUCACUUGAAUCUGAAUGCAAUCGACGUUUCGAGCGUACAUUUUAAAAACCUUCCUGCAGACGUUCGUCAUGACAUUCUAACUGACAUCAAGGAAACCCGUAAGGAAUCGUCCUGGGGAAGACUGCAUGAGCUCCCGGUCGAGAGCAACGAUUUUUCCUCCUUCCAGAUGAAACGUCUGCUCAAAAGACGUACCGUACAGGUUGAACUGGAAGAAGCCGAGAAAGAAAUGGGCGGAAAAUGCCUGUCCUUGGCCGAAUUAGAGACCCUUCUCUCAGAAGAUGGUAUUGAAACGUCCUCCAGUCAAGCUGCUCAGAAAAUUGCUUCAGACGAAAAUACAAGAUUUCUGCUGGUUCGAGAUGUUCAAAAAGCUAUCGAAAAAGCGAAAAUUAAAGAGGAGCAGGAAAAGAACGCUCCCAAACCUGCUAAGAUUUCCAAACUUGAACCAAAAACAAAGGAUGGCAUCCAGGAAGUUCUCGACGACAAAGAGAUGGACGAACAACUGCAGCUGGCCAUCAAAAUGUCCCUCAUGCAAGACGAGGAGCAACACGCCACCGUUGAAAUAGACUCGGAAGAGGUUCGCAUGUCCAAACAGCAAAAACAGGUCCUUGGGGACGCUGCCAAGAGCUUGGCUCGAGGAUUUAUGCUGGAGUACGGCGGAAUGUCAACCGACGACUUUCGGGACCUGCUGCAUCAAACACAGGACGUAGAUCCAGGGGAUAUGGAACAGUCAUUUACGCAAAUGUUCGAACACAACGGGGCUUCGAUCUUGAAAGGUACCGAUGAUCCUGAAGAAACAAUAGUCCCCGAUAAAGAAGAUGAACCGGAGAUCAUAUCGUCAUCGUCUGAUACGGAUUCCGAUUUCAUUGAUGUACCGAACGAUGAUCUGGAUGAUAAUACACCUGGAGUUUUACUGCCGCUGAAUCCGACCAAUCAUCUGAAACCUCUGUACAGCACGGUAGUUGACUUUACCUUAGAUGAUUUGAAACUCAACAAACAGGGCCAGAAAGUGGUUGAAGUUGUGAUCGACGAGAGCAAAAUCGGUUUAGACGGGGAUGAUAUCUUUGCGGACGUGUUUGGUGCCCCCGAAGUUGAACUUCCUCAGACGAAGGAUAGUGGAGAAACGGUUGAAGUGGAAAGAUCAACAGAAACAAAUAUUGCACAAGAACCAUCCACGAAGAACUCCGAAGGGCUGAAAGUAAAAAAAGUUGAUGAUAUCAAUGCUAAGCUGAAGGAAGAAUUGGAACGACUGAAGGCGGCACCACCAUCCCUGGAUCUAGACAGCAUUAAAAUUCCGAUAUCUCUAGAUGACGAACAUCCAAUUGCUGUCGACAAAGAGUCAAAUCCUGCUCCAAAAUUGUCAUCGAUAAAAGAUGAAAUCAAGAAGCAACUAGAGCAACUAAAAUCGGACCCGGUAGUGAUCAAUCUAAACGACGUUGAAUUAGACAGCUCGUUACUAGAAGACCGCCCUAUUCGCAUCGAGUCUGAUGCUGAGGAUAGUGAUGCAACCGUCGGAUAUUCACCGAUGAAGCUUCUCAACAAAGAAACGGAAACGGCACAAGCUAAUAGAUCUCCGGAACAAGUAGCGAAACCGGUUUACGGGACUCCUAAGCGAGGUACCCUAGAGCACAUGGUAACGUCACGUACCCCUGGAAGUGAUUCUAAAAAAGCAGAGCCAGAGGAAGAUGUUCCCAAUGUUCCUAAACCAUUCUUUGUCAAUAAAACUCCUACCUCAUCUUCAAAAAAGAGUGGCUCUGCGCAGCAAUCUCCCGCGAAUAAACAUGUUAAAAUAUCCAAAGAGCUGUUUCCGGAACCGGAGCCGAUGCCUUCGACCAGCAAGCAACCGGAGGUCACCGUUUCGGGCAUGAUCAGCGAAAUGGCGGAUAAUCUCAAGGACAACGCUACCCCGCUGGAGUUGAAGAAAAUGGCCCUGAACCUGGCUCAGGAGGAACGGGAGCUGGAAAAGGAAAAGAAUCGACACAAUCGAAUGGGUACCUCGAUCACCGAACAAAUGCAAAACGACUGUAUGCAGCUGUUGAGGCUGUUUGGAGUUCCUUACGUUGUAGCGCCGAUGGAAGCCGAAGCCCAGUGCGCUUUCCUCAAUCAAAUCGAAAUGACCGAUGGAACCAUUACGGACGACAGCGAUAUUUGGUUGUUUGGAGGGAAAACGGUUUACAAGAAUUUUUUCAACCAACAGAAACUGGUGAUGGAAUUUACAAUCGAAAGCAUCGAACGGUUGUUUCAGAUGGAUCGAAAAAAGUUGAUUCAGCUGGCGCUUUUGGUUGGAAGUGAUUAUACCACGGGUAUUCACGGAGUCGGCGCCGUUACUGCAUUGGAAAUACUAGCAUCGUUUCCAACGACACCGGAGAAAGAAGGUGAAACGAAUGAAAUGAUGUCACUACUGUCCGGUUUGCGUAAGUUCCGUGAUUGGUGGAACCAUGGACGGAACACUGCCACCGGAACCCGUAUAGCUCUCAAGUCCAAGUUGAAGAACAUAGAGUUUUCAGAAGGUUUUCCCAGUUCCGGGGUCGUAGAAGCUUAUCUUUAUCCAACCGUGGACGGUAACAAAGAUGCCUUUUCUUGGGGCUAUCCCGAUGCGGACAGUUUGCGAGAUUUUGCCAAGUGUAAAUUCGGCUGGCCGACUUCCAAAACGGAUGAUGUGCUGUUGCCCGUUCUUAAGCGGUUGGACGAGAGAAAGUCUCAGGUAUCAAUCAAAAAUUACUUCAAAGUUCAAAGUGCGGUGGCUCACAAUCAGAUGAAAGUAAGCAAACGGGUACAAAACGCCGUAGACACGAUGGCGGGAAAGAUCGUUGAAGUUGAGACGAAAAAAAGUCCAAAAAAGAGAGUUGCUAGAAAAAAGAAACCUGAAAGUAACACUGAGCCACAGAAAGACGAUGACGACGAUUUUGUUGAACCCAAAAAGACUCGAGGCCGAAAGCCAGCAGCUACCAAACAGUCGAACACCUCAUCUGAACCCCCCGUGGAGGAAUACAGCAAACCAUCUACGUCGUUAUCCAACAUUUCGAACAUAAUUUCCAAAAUAAACGAUCAAUCUGCAGAAAAGUUGGGUGCAGUUACAGAAAAGAAAAAAGCUAGCGCAUUAAAAGUCCCGGAUUUCAAUCCUCCGAUUCCCCAACGUUUGAAGGAUGAAGCUGAAAUGGCCAAUCGGAAACAGAAUGCCAUCGAGCUGUUCAAAAAAUCGCAGGCCGAUGCAGCUAAGCCAAGGAGAACUCGACGUCAAUAACCUCCUUACGUCCUACAAGGUAAAUGAAUACAGUUUAUUUGUGAUUGUUUAAUUUUUGAAA